UUGGCUGAGGGUAGAAAACUAGAGGCGGGAUUUCUGCAGACCAAGAGGAAGCCCAAGUAACCAUACCCGAAGUGGUUGGAUCCUUCGCGGCCUGGCGGAUUGUUUAAGGGAAAGGGAGACGUAACGUUACAAAAAUGAAAACUCUGGACUAGAGCCUCGGUUGGAAAGUAAGAAGACAAACAGGAUACCAGGAAGGAAACAGGAAAUACUAGUGCGUGGCCAUGGCCUACUCCAACUACAGCAACCUGAGCAGGGCACAGCUUACCUUUGAGUACCUGCACACAAAUUCGACAACCCAUGAGUUCUUAUUUGGAGCAUUGGCAGAGCUUGUGGACAAUUCAAGAGAUGCCAAUGCCACGCGAAUAGACAUCUACACAGAAAAAAAGCCAGAGCUGCGGGGCGGCUAUAUGCUCUGUUUUCUGGAUGAUGGUACUGGAAUGGACCCUAAUGAGGCAACUCAAGUGAUUCAGUUUGGAAAGUCAAGCAAACGGUCCCCUGACUCCACUCAGAUUGGCCAGUAUGGAAACGGAUUGAAAUCUGGCUCUAUGCGUAUUGGGAAAGACUUCAUCUUGUUCACUAAAAAGGGCAACACGCUUACUUGCCUUUUCCUGUCAAGGACCUUUCACGAAGAGGAGGGACUGGAUGAGGUGAUAGUCCCACUUCCCUCCUGGGAUCUGAAGACCAAGGAGCCACUGACUGCUGACCCAGAGAAGUACGCAAUAGAGACAGAGCUGAUCUUCAAAUACUCACCUUUUAAAAGUGAACAACAGCUGAUGGAGCAGUUCAACAAGAUAGAAAGUAGCAGUGGCACUCUUGUGAUCAUCUAUAAUCUGAAGCUGAUGGACAACAGAGAACCAGAGCUGGAUGUAGAGACGGAUCACCAGGACAUACUGAUGGCCGGGACACCUUUUGAAGGAGUGAAGCCAGAGAGGAGGUCAUUCAGGGCGUAUGCUGCUGUUUUGUACAUCGACCCACGUAUGAGGAUUUUUCUCCAGGGACAUAAAGUCAGGACCAAGAGACUGUCCUGCUGUUUAUAUAAACCAAGGGUUUAUAAAUACACAUCCACACGUUUUAAAACUCGUGCUGAGCAGGAAGUGAAGAAAGCAGAUCACCUUGCAAAGAUUGCGGAAGAGAAAGCCAGAGAGGCGGAGAGUAAGCAGAUCGCUUUGGAGGCCAGAUUAGGAGACGACCUGUCAAAAGAUUCACGGGCGCUUCUAAGAAAGGUUCAAGAUUCAGCCAUGAUGCUUCGACGGGAUUGUGACAUGAAGAAAAGGAUUCUUGAAGCCAAACAGAAGGCAUUAAAGGAGCCCAAGGAGUUAAAUUUUAUAUUCGGAGUGAACAUUGAACAAAGGGAACUGGAUGGGAUGUUUGUGUACAACUGCUCUCGUCUCAUCAAGAUGUACGAGAAAACAGGGCCCCAGCUGGAGGGAGGCAUGGCCUGCGGUGGUGUUGUUGGAGUAGUGGAUGUCCCAUAUUUAAUUCUAGAGCCUACUCAUAACAAACAGGACUUCGCAGAUGCUAAGGAGUAUCGACAUUUACUGAAAUCCAUGGGGGAACAUUUAGCUCAGUACUGGAAGGACACCAACAUUGCUCAGAAGGGCAUAGUGAAGUUCUGGGAUGAGUUUGGAUAUCUGUCUGCCAGCUGGUCUGCACCUCCGUCAUCAGAGCAAAGAUACAAGAGACGUCGUGCCAUGGAGAUACCACUUACUAUUCAGUGUGAUAAAUGCUUGAAGUGGAGAACGCUGCCUUUCCAGAUGGAUGCUGUGGACAAACGAUACCCCGACAGUUGGGUGUGUCUCAUGAACCCUGACAGCAAACAGGACAGGUGUGAUGCUCCUGAACAGAAACAGAAUUUGCCAUGUGGUAUUCUGAAGAAAGACAAGCAGACGGCUGAAGACAAACAGAAAGAGCUGGCAGAGAAAAUCAAACAGCAGCAGGAUAAACUAGAGGCCUUGCAGAAAACCAGCACCAUCAAAUCUGCAGCAGAUUUAAAGAAGCUACCGCUGAAUGUCAGCAUGAAACCAACAGAGAGCUCCUCUCAGGCAACUCGGUCUUCUGAAAGGUCCACAACACGCCCACGCUCACCACCGCUCCCAGCUCACCUAAAAAGCGGCCCUCCAGCUCGUGCAGCUUCUCAGCGACCCACGAGAACACCUGCGCCUCCACCACCCAAAGUUGAACCUUCCAGGUCCAGAGCUGCAGUAAAGUCUCCUCCACCAAAACCCGUAUCCAAACCUGCUGCCAAAACACCUCCACCCAGCCGCAGCUCACGGAAACCUGCCAAAGCUUCAUCAGCCAAAGCAGCUGUUGGACAACGCAAAAGAAUCAUAGAGCAGGAGGACAGUGAAGAGGAGGAGGAGGAAGAGGAAGAGGAGGAAGAGGAGAAGGAAGACGAUGACAGCGAGGAGGAGAGUGAAGAGGAAGAACCACAAACAAAGAAAUCCAAGAUGGCUGCAGCAGCUGCUAACCGUGGGAAAAUGAUAGAGAAGGCCUCACCUACCAAACGUGUCAAGCUGGACGAGGUUAACACCCAGAAGAAAGGAGUUUCUACUCCUGUACGGCUGACACCAACUACACCAGCCCCUAUCCCUAAAUCUAUAACCAUGCAACAGCAUGGGGCUAAAGCAAAGGCACCUGAGAAGCCACCGCAGGAGGAACCACAAAUGGACACCAAAAAUGCUCAGAAAGAUAAAGGACUACUGGUUGAAGUGCGUGUCAAUAAGGAGUGGUUCACAGGAAAAGUCAUUGCUGUGGAGGCGAAUAAGCAGAGUGUUCGCUGGAAAGUGAAGUUUGACUACGUACCCAGAUCCACCCCAAAAGACAGAUGGGUAUUUAAGGGUAGUGAUGAAGUCCGGUUGAUGCGGCCGCCAUCUCCAAUCUCUCAGACACCUGACACCCAGCAGGGGCCGGCACCCAUGGAGCCGGACACCACUCAACCAGGAACCAGUCGAGAGGUGACUGACAGUCUUGUCACCAUGUUGAGGACAAUGCUGCGUUACUUCUUCCCUCCUGCUUUUCGGAUCCCAAAGGAUGAUGUUAACAGCAUGACGGCUGAGGAGUUGGUGGCCUUUCCUUUGAAAGAGUAUUUCCAGCAGUAUGAAUCAGGUCUGCAGUCGUUGUGUAACUCGUACCAGAGCAGAGCUGACGCCCGGGCCAAAGCUGUGGAAGAGAAGAGCAACAGCAAUGAAGUAAAACUAAAGGAGGCAGAUGAGAAACUACAGAAACUCCGGACAAACAUUGUUGCACUUCUGCAAAAAGUACAAGAGGACAUUGACAUAAACACUGAUGAUGAGCUUGACGCCUACAUAGAGGACCUCCUCACCAAGGGUGAUUAAAGAAGGCAGGAAAGAGAGAAGAGUACAUGCACAUAAACAGACUGGCUGUUUUAAUUAUAGCCAUUACUUGCUGACUCAAGGACUCUGUUAAUAUGCAGAGUUUUCUGUUGAAUCAGAUUGUCAUGACUUUUAUCUUUUAUUUUGAUCGUUCCAGUGUUCCGGCACCAAAGCACUCUUUGAGUUUUGGACAGGUUCUCUGGGGUUUCUGCAUUGUUGGGUAGCCUAUAGUAUUCUCUGCAGUCCUUUUUAUAUACCUGCUUAUAUAUGUUAAUCUAUGUUUAAGCCAUCCUAUCCUGACUGGGCUUUGGAAUAAUUUGUGUAGAGUUACUACAUUUAUGCUCCCUUCAUAUAGUCCGCUAAUGCUAUGGCAAACUACAGACUUGUUCUUCGUUUUGGUUCAUCAUCGGGUGAGAUUUGGACACACAAAGUGACUGGGCUGUGCUCUGCAUUGCAGCCUGGACUUUAACUUUUAUUUUUGUACACUAAAAACACAUCAGUGUUGCCCAUUACCUUCCUCCAUCCUGGUCUGAUGAACAAACCAGGCUAAUAUUUUACAGUUGGGUGGUGUCCCACACCCACAAUCGAGAACUACUGGGUUUUAUCAGUAUGAUUAUUCCCUUAUAUCCCUGCUACAUUUAAGCUAUGACUGUUCUGUGUUUAUU